AGCCCUGCGAUCCUCUUUCCCUAUAGCAGCACUGCGGUUUGCCCUGGUUGGUAGCAAAAAAACAGCAUUGCAUCCUUGCAUUUGUUGCCGCUCCCAGUCCUUCGUCCUCAACAUCCACCUACUGUGAGCUCAAGUUUGUGAGGGUCUUCCACAAAGAAAGGGAACAAGUGUUCCGUGAGGAACCAGCCAGAGCCGGAGAUGGCCGAGACGGUGGUAAGCAUGGCGAGGUCUAUGCUGGGGGGCGCCAUCAGCAAGGCCGCCUCUGCCGCGGCCGCCGAGCUGAGCUUGGUGAUGGGUGUGCAGAAGGAUAUCUGGUUCAUCAAAGACGAGCUAAAGACGAUGCAGGCAUUCUUGGCAGCUGCUGAAGCAACGAAGAACAGAGACAUGCUGCUGAAGGUGUGGGCAGAGCAAGUUAGGGACCUGUCCUACAACAUAGAAGAUUGCCUUGAUGAAUUUAUGGUUCAUGUGAGGAGCCAAAGCCUGAUGAAACGGCUGAUGAAGAUCAAAGAUCGUCGUAGGAUUGCUAUCCAAAUUCGCAACCUGAAAUCAAGAGUUGAAGAAGUGAGCAGCAGGAAUUCACGCUACAACUUGAUCAAGACAGAGGCCUCAACGACCAGUGACAAGGAGGUUUCUUACAUAGAAGAUGUACGUAAUCAUUCAGCAAGCAACACUGAUGAAGCAGAACUUGUGGGCUUUACAAAGCCUAUGGAGGAGUUGAUUAAGCUGAUGGAUGUCAACACUAGAGAUGGUGAUGCCAAAGUUAUAUGUGUCGUUGGCAUGGGUGGUUUAGGCAAGACUACUCUUGCAAGAAAAACUUAUGAAAGUAAGGAAGAUAUUGUGAAGAAUUUUUCUUGUUGUGCAUGGAUCACAGUUUCACAGUCAUUUUUCAAGAUAGAAAUGCUCAAGGAUAUGAUCAGGCAACUUCUGGGUGGAGAUUCACUGAAGAACUUGUUGAAAGAACUUGAAGGGAAGGUGGUGCAAGUAAAGGACCUAGCUGAGUACCUCAAUCAAGAGAUUAAGGAUAAGAGGUACCUAAUUAUUCUUGAUGACUUGUGGACCAUAGAUGCAUGGAGGUGGAUUAAAGAUAUUGUUUUUCCUAGUAGUAACAAGAAAGGUAGUCGGAUAAUAGUAACAACACGUGAUGUUGGCUUAGCAAAGGAAUGUACUCUUGAAUCCCUUAUCUACCACCUUAAAACCUUAGAGGUAGUCGAGGCCACAAAUUUGCUACUAAAAAAGAGUAGGAAAGUAUCUGAAGAAAUGGACAAAGAUGAAAACUUCAAGAGCAUAGUUGAAAAACUAGUUAAAAAGUGUGGUUGUUUACCACUGGCCAUACUCACAAUUGGAGGGAUCCUUGCCACUAAAAAGAUAUUAGAGUGGGAGCACUUCUAUAGCCAACUCCCGUCUGAGCUUGAGAGUAACCCAAGCCUUGAAGCAAUGAAGAUGAUGGUUACUUUGAGUUACAACCACUUGCCAUCUCAUCUUAAGCCAUGUUUCUUAUACCUAAGCAUCUUUCCGGAGGAUUUUGAAAUCCAGAUGAGACGUCUAGUAGAAAGAUGGAUUGCCGAGGGGUUGAUUAGAGGUGGGACUGGGGUGAACAUUGAGGAUGUGGCAAAAGGUUACUUUAAUGAGUUAAUCAACCGAAGUAUGCUUCAACCAUCAAGGGUGAACAUAGAAGGAGUUGUGAAGAGCUGUCGAGUCCAUGAUAUUGUGCGCGAUGUCAUGAUCUCAGUUUCUAGAGAUGAAAAUUUUGUGUAUGUGGUGGGAAAUAAUGUAACUGGUGCUAUGGAGGAGACUUUCCGACAUAUAGCAUACAAUGGUAGCAUGUGCCAACAGAUAGACAUGGAUUGGAGCCAUGUCCGGUCAGUAACUAUGUUUGGUGAGAGCUCAUUGGGUCCAUCACCUUUAGUUUGUUCAUUUGACAUGAGAAUGCUCCGGGCCUUGGAUCUAGAGAAUGCACAGUUUCAAGUCACACAAAAGGAUAUCAGCAACAUAGGCUUGUUGCGCCACUUGAAGUAUGUGAAUUUUUCUGAUCCUCGUGGAUAUUCGGCUAUUUAUAAACUUCCUAGAUCCAUAAGAAAAUUGCAAGGCUUGCGUACUUUGAACAUAAGAGACAGUUAUGUUACAGAGCUGCCAACUGAGAUUAGUAAACUCAAGAGUCUACAUAGUCUCCGUUGUACCAGAAGGAGUAGGUACACAUACUUUGACCUGAAUGACCCCAAGGAAUGCUUGGUGCGCACACUUUGUCUGCCCAUGUUGUUCACACCUUUGGUUAAUCCUAGUGAGCGCACCGAGGCAGUUGCUGAACUACACAUGGCAUGGUCUAGCCGUUGGUCAAGGUCACAUGGUGUGAGGGUGCCAAAAGGAAUCAGCAAACUGAAAGAGCUGCAAAUACUAGAGGUCGUGGACAUCAGCCGGACUAGUCGCAAAGCAAUUAAGGAGCUAGGUGAUCUUGUGCAGCUAAGAAAACUGAGCGUGGUAAGAGAAGGGGCCACCAAGCAAAAAUGCAAGGUACUGUGGGAUGCCGUUCAGAAGCUCACUUGCCUCCGCUCCCUUGAAGUGGAAGGUUCACUCGAGUGGCUGCAUGCUGUUUCCUCUCCUCCUCCCCUGUUGAGGAGUCUGAAGUUGGAUGGAUGCCUUGGAGAGAUUCCUGGCUGGGUUGGCAGUCUGAUCCAUUUGGUCAAGCUUUACUUAUGGCACAGCGAAAUAAAGGAAGAGGGUAAAAUCAUGGAAAUACCAGGGCCACUUCCCAACCUCAUGCUGCUUCGUCUUGGAUGGGGCUCUUAUAGUGGGGAGAAGUUGGAGUUCAGAACAGGAGCAUUCCCAAAUCUCAAGAAGCUUGAAAUUUGGAGUCUCGAGCAAGUGAGAGAGUUGAUAUUCGAGGAGGGCACCUCGCCCCAGCUGGGAAAGAUAGAAAUCGGCGACUGCUGGUUGGAAUCAGGGAUCAAUGGUAUCGAGCACCUUGCAAGUGUCAAGGAGAUUUCACUUCGUUGGGAUGGUAAAGUGGGCAGGCUUGGUAUGCUGCAACGUGAAGUGGACGCACACCCAAACCAUCCCGUGCUGCGACUGGAGAAGGAAUGGAGCCAUCACGACCUGGGUGACAUUGUCCACGGAUCCACUAUUGUAAUACAUGUGGAUGAAGCAACGGAGGGGGAGGAAUCAUCACCUCUCCAUCCCGAGCAUGCAUCAGCGGGGGAGACCUCCUCCUCGCAGGUGGUGGCCGUGAUGACGACCACGGGGAGCGACAGUUGUAGCAGCCAAGGCCCUAACAUAAGGGAGGUCCAAGGCUCUGCUUUGGUGGAAGACGAUUUUUGGUCCUGCAAUUCCGACGGCGACGAUGCUUGAUGGUUGGUUGAUGCUCCACCCUUCGUUGUUCAGAUCCACUGCUGCUUCUCGAAGACUCCCGUGCGCACAGGUCGACGCCUUCGCUGGAGGUGCUACUACGGAUGAUAUAUAUAGCCCUAGGUUUUCCCUUCCCCUUGCUUCGGAAUUCUGAUGCCAUGUUGGAGGAACCGGAGCUUCACAGACAUCCUAUGCAGCCAAGGGGUACUGAAUAAUAUCAAGCAAAGUUGGAAGGCAUGGGAUUUCUUUCUGAUCCAGGAGGGAGUUCACAUGCUCAACACUCGACAGUCCACUUCCGAGGCAUGAUAGCUGUUGGGGAGGAAAAGGCAAUGGACUAUACAAGACAAGAUACCUGUAUCAAUUAAGCUGCAUUGCUAUGAUGCAAUUGGUCAUCGUGUUCAACUUGCAAGUUCGCUGCUGGUGGACUCUAUGCCACAAAGUGAAGCUAAGAUACAACAUGAUGUUCCUACGCUGCGAAUGUCUUAAGAGUCGUUCGUUCCAUGCUGACAGGCCAGGAGCCAACUGGAGGAAGGGAUAGUGCAAUGGAAGUACUAGAGGGGGAGCUGGAGGAACUCUGACAGAUGAGAUUUGAGCGUGAUGCAUACUUCUGCAACUGAUGAAAAUGUUCUGAAGUAUGGACUGUGAUCACCCUGAUGACUGCUGGGGAGAAGACGUUGAAAAUGCAAAGGACUACACGUGUACACCGCACGAGAUGCUGCUACUAAUUAAGCAUUUAAGCUGCAUAUACAUACUGUUAUGCCGCAAUUGGCCAUCACUUCAGCUCUCGAAACAUCCCUGCUGGCUGCCGGCCUCUGAUAUCGUGCAAGGCGAAGCUGGAGGGAUCCUGAAAUUUUGCCGCUGUGAAUGGAACAUGAAUGCAUUGAUCUUGAGGCUUCAAUGUGGCAGAGGCGAGUACACCAUUUUGAGAUCUCAGAAGGAGUUUACAAGUUAAAAUUGUCGGCCCAGAUGAAAAAUCGGUUCUUGGGGAACACCAUUGAAUGGAGUGGCUGAUCAACCUGAUGAGAAGACCUGCAAUUUUGAAUACAGAAUUGCUCUGUUUUCUAGUACUCUAUUGUUUUGUAGAGAUGGUGCAUUACUCUCCAUUUGUUGCUGCAACAAUGUACUAUGUGUUUGUUUGUAAACAGAGAAUGAUGACUGCAUCAGUUUUUUUUUCCCCUAAAAGGAGGAUUACACUCGGCCUUUGCAUCAAGCAAUGAACACAGCCAUAAAUGAUUGCAUCUGUUGUUAUCCA